GGAUUGCAAGAAGAAGUAACAAAUUCAAAAAUCCCAAUUUCUAUGUUUGAUAUGAAUUUUCAGUUGAAAUUAAAUCUUAUAAUUUUUUUUUUCCAAAUAUUUUUUUUAGAUUAUUUAAGACAUUUUAUAAUUUAUAUUUUUAGGCACAAUGCACGAAAUGAGAGUAAAAUAAUAAUCUAGAUUCAGUAAUGUUUUUAGAUGAAAUGAAUAUUUAAAUUUAUAUUUAAAUUUUUAGUUUUCUUGAUGUUCACAUUGUAUAUUGAAUGAUCUUAAUAAUGAAUUUAUUAUGUAAAUUAUAAUUUUUGUAUCCAAAAAUUGAUAUUGCUAAUAAUACAAAUGAGGAUAAUAUCAAAAAGAAGGAAAGACAAUUAAAUGAAUACAAAACAAGGUGAUUUGGAGAUAUUAAAAACAACUUAUUGUGGCAUCUAAACCAAAAAAAAUGUUUAAAACAAAAAGAGCAUUUCAAGAAUAUUGCAAAAAAUGCAACAGACCAACAAAAGAAAUGCACCAAAAUAUGGAGAUUUGUUCUCUUUGGGAGUGUCCAUUUUUACAGGGAAAAAUGGAAUAAAGAAAACAAGUAGUAAGAGCGGAAGAAGAAAGAGCAAGAAGAAUGAUGUUCCACUUGUUGAUCUUUCCAAUUGUAAAUAUGAAGUCCUUCGUAUUGUUCUUGAGAAGAAUGGUUGGGAAGAAGGUCAAGAAGAUGACAAAAGAUGCCAUCUCAUUUGGACUGAUUUAUCAGUGGGUCCUGACAAGCUUAUGAAAUUGAAUAAGGGACAAAAAAUCAAUCAUUUUCAUGGAAUGCUUGCAAUAUGCAGAAAAAAAUCAUUGUUUUGCAGCCUUUCAACAAUGCGCAAGCUCUUCCCGGCUGACUACAUGUUCUUUCCGCAAGCAUUCAUCCUACCCAAUCAAUUAUCCAAUCUAUUAAAUUGCUUUAGCCGGUCCAAAGUGAAGACCUUCAUUCUUAAACCUGACAAUGGUAGCCAAGGCAGAGGAGUGGUGUUAGCACAAAGUGUGAGAGAUGUGCGGCAAGCCAUGGAUGGAUUCCCCGGCUCUAACCUCGUGGCGCAGAAAUACAUAACCAAGCCCAUGCUCAUCAAUGGUUUCAAGUUUGACCUCCGCAUCUACGUGCUCAUCCUUUCAUGUGAUCCUCUUCGCCUUUACCUCUACAGGGAAGGAAUUGCACGUUUUUGUACGGAAAGGUAUCAAAAACCUGGGCCAGAAAAUUUAUCAAAAAAUUGCAUGCAUUUGACCAAUUAUGCGGUGAACAAAUACAAUCCCAACUUUUGUUUCAAUACAAAUGAAAAUGAGACAAGCAAGGGUCAUAAGUGGACAUUAACAUCUUUGUUCAAGACAUUGUCAAUUCAAGGUUUUGACACAACAAUACUUCACCAAAAAAUAUGCCACAUUGUGGUGAUGACCAUUCUUGCCAUUGUGCCACUCCUUCAACAUAAUUAUAAGACUUAUGUGGGAGAUGAUAAUGGACAAUCGUGUUUUGAACUCCUCGGGAUGGAUGUUCUCAUUGACCAUAGAUGUAUUCCAUGGUUAUUAGAGGUCAAUCAUUCACCAUCUUUUUCUAUUGACACUCCUUUAGAUCUCAAAGUAAAGGAAAGCCUAAUCACUGACACUUUAAAGUUGGUUCAAAUGGAUCCUCAGGGAAUUUCUAAAUUAAGACAACAGGAUAAAAAAGGUGCCCAAAUGCGCUUAUAUGGAAAAUCACCUCCCCUCCCAAUUGCAAUGGACAAGCCCAAACACACCUCAAAACUCAACCAAGUGGUUUUCCAUUUAAACCAUGACUUUGAAGACCACGAAGCAAAGAAUAUGGGUAAAUACGAGUGCAUAUAUCCAUCACAUGAUAAAAAGAAGCAAGAUUUAUAUAAUAAAUUUUUGGAUGGAGCACAAUCUAUUUUUAGUCAUUCAUUUGAUAUGAAGGUAAAAGAAACCAUUGCCAAAGUCCAAAAAGAACAUAACCAAGAGAAAAAAUCAAAAAAUGAAGAAACUACGAAAGUUGAUAAAUGCAAAAAGGCCCAACGGGAUGCACGUAUGGCUGCUUUGGCGGCCAUUGCCAUCUCUAAAAACCCAUCUAGAAAUAUAAUGCUUUUGAUAGGACAGAAGUCACUUAAUCAAUGCAAAAAUAUUAGUAAAGACAUUGUUGGGUCAUUACCACGUUUGAAGAAAACUCAACAAUUUGAUCAAUGGCUAUCUACCACGCACACAAAACCAACAAUAAUCAAUAAAAAGGAACAAUUGGAACUAAGGGCAUCUAGCCCAUUGGAAAGUGUUUUGGAUUGUGAAAAUAGAAGGGAUUUUGUUGAAAACGUGAUGGUAUCACAAGAAAAAAUUAAUCAAUGGCAAUUAAAAAAUCCUCUUUAAUUUCUUGGAAGCAAUACUACUUCUGAAGCAUUUGUUCAUUUUGAUGAAAAUGAUAAAAGCGUUCAAGCAAGUUUAGUAGAUUAUAAAGAUGACUAGAUAUAUCAUUAAAUAAAAAAGAAAAAGAAAAACAAAAAUGAUAAUAAUCUACAUAGAGUAGUACAAAAUAAAGAAGAAUUCUUGGAAGAUCAUGCUCAAGUUGUUUUUACAAAGAAUUGUCAAUAAAGAAAAUGAUGUCAUUAAUAAUGUUAAGUACGAACAAAAUCAAUUAUUAUUAAUAAUAAUCAUAAUAAUAAUAAUAAAACCAAUAUUUCAAUAUAGUCAAAGUAAAAUAUAGAAGAAAAUUGAUCAAUCUUAUGGUGGUAUUGAUUGAAAUAUACUUACAAAAGAAAACUAAUAAAUCAUACAAAAAAUUGCCAUACAUUUAAUUUUAGAACAAUGUAUUUUUAAAUUUUUAUUAAAGAAAUGUAAACACUUAACUGAUUCUAAGUAAGUCUUCUUCCAAGUUA